AGAAGCGUCUUUUGCCGGACAAAUAUCUGCGCUCUGUUGUAGUUUGCGCCUGCGCGGGGCCGCUUAGUGUCACAUCUCGACAGGAAGCACUUUUCGACGGUACACUGACACAGCCAGUAGCAGCAACUCUCCUCGGCGAGCAAAAGAACUUUCUCUCGAGCAAACUGGACAAUCUACUGCGAUUUAACGCCUUCCUUUGAGUCUACUGACAGCCGUAGGAUGUGAGCGACUGGAGCAGACAGUCAGUAGAGGUACAGUUUGUCUCCUACAGGCUUUCACUGCUGCUUUUAGAGUAAUUUCUCAAACCGAGGAGGUACAACAACCCAGCCUCAGCAGUGACAGACCGCGGGAAAAUGUCGUUACUUCCGGUGGGGAGAAGUCUUGGCGCGACAUUACAGUUGUAAACAACAGAAGGACACAACCGGCAGAAAGGUACUCCAUAAGGAACAGAGUAGCAGCUGUAUCAGUAAGAAUGGAGAGCAUGGACACCAGCAGAGCCUCUGGUACUUUUGUACCAGCGGUCAGUGAAGAUUCAGUGGAUAUCUACGACGGCCUGGAUAUGAGCGUUAGCAGCCAUACAGAGAGGUCGCCUCCACACUCGUCACAUGUGAAGGAGUCGAUGGAUCUGUACGAAGAGCUCGUGACGGAGGAGCAGCAGAGCAGAGAGUCGACGUACGCUGAGUUAAAGUCCAGAUUCCAAGCAGCUCAGAAUCAAAUCAAAGAGCUGCGCAGGAGAUUGGAGCAGAUGGAGCUGCAGAACACAGGUCUGAACACUGAGAACUACCGUCUGAAGAAGAACAUCUCUGCUCUGCUACUCACCGCCAAACAGGAAGUGAAGAGAAAGGACGCUGAGAUUCAGAGACUGAAUCAAAUGUCGGGGAGAGGUUACAAUCAUCUUCAUCAUCCCCGUCAUCAGUCUCACCAUAAUAAUAUACAAGACCAAAAAGCGUCUAGUCGGACCCCCGCAGGCAGCUCCGGUAGAAAAUCUCCUCCACCAUCCUCCAAACCUCCUCCACAAUCCUCUAAACCUCCUCCACCAUCCUCUAAACCUCCUCCACCAUCCUCCAAACCUCCUCCUCAAUCCUCUAAACCUCCUCCACCAUCCUCCAAACCUCUUCCUCCACCUUCCUCUAACCCUCCUCUGCCAUCCUCCAAACCUCCUCCACCUUCCUCUAACCCUCCUCCAGCAUCCUCGAAACCUCCUCCUCCAUCCUCUAAACUUCCUCCACCAUCCUCCAACCUCCUCCUCCAUCCUCCAAACCUGCUCCUCCAUCCUCUAAACCUCCUCCGCCAUCCUCUAAACCUCCUCCGCCAUCCUCCAAACCUCCUCCGCCAUCCUCCAAUCCUCCUCCGCCAUCCUCCAAACCUCCUCCGCCAUCCUCAAAUCCUCCUUCGCCAUCCUCCAAACCUCCUCCGCCGUCCUCCAAACCUCCUCCGCCAUCCUCCAAUCCUCCUCCGCCAUCCUCCAAACCUCCUCCACCAUCCUCCAAUCCUCCUCCGCCAUCCUCCAAACCUCCUCCACCAUUCUGCAGUCCUGCACCGCUGCUGCCAUCCUCCUCCACCCCCGCCAUCCUGUCCUCCUCCCCCCCCUCCACCUUUACCACCUUCACCUCCGAGGGAAAACAAUCCUGCACCCAGGAGAGAUCCUCCUCAACCCUCCAGGAAGGACAGCUCCAGCUCUCAGCCCGGUGGAUUGAGCAUCGAGACAAGAGCUUGCAAAGCAUUGUCUCACUCUCACUCCAAGGGUGAAGAGCCUGACAAAUCCAGCACCGGCCCGUCAUCCCAACAUGGAGAGUCAGACAAACACAAGUCCAAGCACAGAGAGGAGAAAUCUGAGUCGACAACAAGGAGACAUAGAAGUUGUUCAGAUCCCAACAAGGACGGUCACGAGAAAAGCAGAUCUCACAAGGAACACAAAGAGACAGAGCGAAGGUACGACUCCAGGUCAGGUAAAGGCAGGAACCACCUCAACACUGAGGGGCACCACAGAUCAGAGAGGACCAAAAGCCCUCCACCAGAGACUCCACACAGUGAGCAGUCAAAAACUCGAGAGCUCAAAGCCAGGAUGUCCACGUCAGACUCUGAACACAGCUCCAAAGAGGGCCACAGCAGAGACCACAGAAAAAACAAGAGUAGUCACAGACAUCUGAGAAGUUCAGACUCAAAGGAGCACAGAAAGUCCUCUUCAACCCGGCACUCUGAGCACAACAGAGAUACCUCAAAAGAAAGGGAAGGGCACAAACCGGUGAAGGAUUACCAAAGAAAGGAGGAGAAACGACAGGAGGAUGAAGCCAACAGAAAGCACAAGAGGAGGACUUUAUUAGAUAUGAGCAGAAAACAAGAGAAGUCAAAAGAACCAGACUUACAUAAAGCUGCCGUCUGUAGUACAGAGAGAAAGAAGACACAAGAGGCCUUAAAAAGAUCAUCAGAGGAGCCGAACACCACUGUGAAGAUCUCUGUGGAUGAAAACAGUCCAAACAGGAAGCUGUGCUUCAUGGAGACAUUAAAUCUCACCCUCUCGCCAAUCAAAAAACCAGUGCUCCCCUUCGAAGACCUCACACCAGUAGACAGAGCGUUUGUAGACGCACUAGAUGAUGAUGAGGAUUCACAGCCCAACGUUGAGGACAUGUGUGUGAUCGAUGAAGUCAACAGCAGCGAGUUAGAAGCAGAGGAACCGGCAGAGGAACUGAAAACAGCGCGUGAGGACGCAGAACAGAAGAAAACCAGGAGGGACACUGACAAACAAGACGAGGGCAGCACAGUCCAGACUACCUCAGCUCAAAGCAAACCACUGGAGACUGCAGAGAAGACCACGACCAAGCAUCACACAACAAAACCACCCGCGAGUGUUUCUCUGGAAGAAACAGAAGAGGACAAAACCAAGCGAGCGUCAGAUACCGCAAGAAAUGAACGUGGAUCUGAGGCGACGGGUGAAGUCAGCGACACAUCUGGAAAGGGCUCCUUACAGAAAGUGGAACAAAGAAGAAGUUCAGAUAAAUCUGUUACUUCUAAACUACCCAUCAUGCUGGAUUCAGAUGUAGAGAUGAACCACAGGACUCUUAAAGCAUCAGUCCUGAAGAGCCCUCCUGUAGAUCCAGUAAAAGAGUCUCCUACACCCACAAGAGAAGGUCCUGUCGUGGUACAUGUUCUUGACAAGGCUAAUCCUAAAAGUCCAACAAAAGCACAUCAGAGUCAUCAACAAGAACAGUCUCUGCCAACUUCCAGUUUCAAACCGAAGAUAAGAGAAGAGAGGAAGAAAGACGUUAGUAAAAAGCCAGAUGGUCCUAAAGAAGUAGAUUCUGUAUCCAGCACCAUCAGCCUGGAGUCCCUCCCACAAGAAGGGCUGAGUCUCCCCGAGGCUAUCUACAUGCUAACGCAAACAAAUGAAGACCACAACGACAAGGAUAACAUCCCAGCGGAGCCGAGUUCCUCCACAGGUUGCAUCGCGGUGUCUAAAGUCAGCAGUACCACAGAGGAGGCGGUCCAGCCCGAGAAGUUCAGGGGGCUCACGUUCACCCCAAGGAAGAACUUCAGUCCUGGGAAGACUCACCAGAGUAAUGUGGAGCCAUCCAGCUCUGUGCCGUUUCUCCACGAUGAGGACUCCAUGAUGCGCACACUGAGCAGUCUGAAGAGUAUUCCUGACGCCAUCAGUCCUCUGAGGAGCCCAGUACGGAUUACCAGGAGGACCCAACUCCAUCUGCACGGCAAGCCGGGUCACGUCAAGAGCCUCCAGAAAGAGUUCUCCAGCCCACCCGUCGAUGCAAACUCAAAGAAGUUGGAUGUAAACAAAGAAAACAAAUAUCCAGGUUCUCCUGCAAACCAUGACCCGAAAAACACCGUGGACAAAGUCUCUGACCCGCCCUCCAGCCUCUCCGACACUGACUUAGAGGAAGGGGAGAUUUUAAGCGAAAGUGAUGACACCGCCACGGAUUCUCCCGCUCCUGCAUCCAAGAGGGCGAAGACGGCUAGACCAGCCAGAAGCCAACCAAGACCCGAGGCUUUCAUAAAGAGGACGUCUGAAGAGAGACGUUCAGAAUCCAAGGAAAUCAGCGAGACGGCUGGUGGGUCGGGGAGAAGUCCGAGGAGUCGAUUUAAAACGGUCUGUCCUGCAGCGACUAAAGCUUCUUUUGCAACAGUGGAGGAUGUGAUGGGGACCUUCAAGCUGGUUCGCUCUGAGAUCAGAAAGAAGUACAUGAAGCUUCACAAAACCUUCCCCAGGAAGAGCUUCUACGGGGUGAUGGACAACUUCCAGGUGUCCUUCUUAGAGUUUGUGGACGGAGCUUAUUUUGGUAAAGUGUGCAGCCAGGAGAAGGAGCUGAAAUCCAAACUGAAGAAACUGAUCACAUCCGUGUUUGGCAAAGUAUCAAAUAAUGGUAUCGUGAAGCGAAUCUUCGAACAGCAGGCAGUGGAUCUGAAGCAGAAGUUGUGGGACUUUGUAGACACCCAAGUAGACUUCAUGUUCAAGGACAUCUAUGUGAUACUGAAGAGCCUCUGCAAACCGACAAGAGCGCAGAGCGAGGACAACAAGUCCAGUGGAAGUGAGAAAGUGUCCUCACCGCCUCCUGAAAUGACGCCACCGUCUGAACCAAAGGAGGCACAUUCUGCUCCAACCAGUCUGAACCGGAUCAAGCCUUGUGCCGUGGUGCCUUACAGAACCGGCCUCGGGAGUAGAGGCAAAGAUAUCAGAAUCACACAUGUGGAAAAUGACAAGAAUGCUGACUCACAUCCGACAAGUACAAAAGCUGUGGUCAGCUUCCCUCAUCCUAAAAUGUUUCCCUCCACACCAGAGAAAAGCCACCUCUCAUCUUUGGUCCAUCAGAACGCCUCCAUGCUCGAUAAGACUGAUUUUGAGCUGCUCACAGAGCAACAAGCUUCCAGUUUAACAUUCAACCUGGUGAGAGACUCUCAGAUGGGAGAAAUCUUCAAGUGUCUCCUGCAGGGAUCUGACUUACUGGAAACCAGCGGCAUCACCGGAGACCACAGCACCUGGUCCCUCAGCACCCCCAGGAAGGACGGAGAGAGACUCUUCAGCAUCACGACUCCAACCAAGUUCGACUCUCCGUCUAAGCUGCUUUCCCCGCUGAAGUUCGACACUCCCUCCAAACUUGUUGCAACAUGGUCGAGCAUUUCCCCUCGCAAGAUGUCGUCUCCACGAUCCAGAGAUCGUACGCGGCUGAACCCGGCUCUGUUUGAUGAGAGCUGCUUGUUGGAGGUGCCGUCAGAGAGCAAAGCGGGGCAGUCCGGGUUGUCUUCACACAGGUCGUUUUCCAUUCUGGCCGAAGAUCUGGCCGUCUCGCUCACCAUCCCGUCGCCCCUCAAAUCAGACAGCCAUCUCAGCUUCCUGCAGCCGUCAACCAUGAACAUCAUGUCCACCCCGGACAGCGUAAUCAGUGCUCACAUCAGUGAGGAUGCUCUGAUGGACGGCGAAGACGCCAGCGAACAGGAUAUUCACCUCGCCCUUGACACCGACAUCUCCAGCUGUGACUCCAACAGCAGCUCCGGACCACUCGCCACACCUUUCUUGUUCAAGCCUGACGCGCCCAUGCAGGCACUGGUGAUGGAGAGAUCCAACGAUCACUUCAUUCUGAAGAUCCGUCAGGCGGCGGCAGGAGCAGACGUCACGCUCACCGCUGACGACAGCUUAAGUCGAACACUAACGGAGGAAGAUCAGCAGCUUGGAGAGGAUCCCACUGCGUCUAGUGCUGAAGAUGUUUUGAUGGACAAAUCCCAGAAAGGUACUCCUUCAAACACUGAACCAUCAGAGACCGACAUAUCCAACCCUCCUGAAAGUUUUCAGGUCCAUCAGGCUGCCACUGAAGAAGAGAUCCACCAAGGUCAAGAGGAGACAAAGGAGUCACCCCUUAAAAAAGACGGUUCAUCACAACAACAAAAUACCUCAAAAGUUCUGCCUCCUCCAGACAACACUUUGCACAAUGUUAAUAAGAGCUCCUCUGAUCGAAGCGAAGCAGUCACCGCCGGGACCCAGAGGCAAACACACGACAGAGACGAAGACCUGACAGCUCGACCAAGUCCAUCAAAAGCUUCUUCAUCCGAUACAAGUCCUCACCACCUCUCUGAAAGCUCUGAAACAAACAAGAGCAGCCGGUCAUUGGCGUCACGUGUGUCUGACUCAGACAGAGAUGAUAUGGAGGUGUCGGGGUCAGAUAGGAGUCUCGCCAUCGCAGAGGACGCGAGCAGCUCACCAGAGAAACACACAAAGGACGGAGGGGAGAAUAGAAAACGGAAGAAGCACCAAGAGAAAUCGAAAGCCAAGCGGCCCAGGAAGGAGAAGGAGGAGAGUGAAGAGGAGAGAGUGUCCAACUGCAAGACAAAGAAUGAACCCAAAUCCUCCCCUUCAUCUCUGUCCCCCUCCAGUCUCCACGCCAAGAACGUCGUCAGGAAGAAGGGCGAGGUGGUGUUGUCCUGGUCCAGAGAGGAAGAUCGAGAUAUUCUGGUUGGCGUGAAGACAAGAGGAGCGUCACGGGAGACGUUCUCUGCUCUGUCAGAGAAACUGCAGAAGCCGUCAGGGCAGAUCGCUCACAGAUUUAACCAGCUGCUGAAGCUUUUUAAGAAGCAGGAGAAGAAGGACCCUUGAUGGAUCAGACACUGAUCUAGUUCUUCAUGUACGGUGUGGCAAUGAUGUCUGUGUGGUACUGGAAGAGGUGAAUGCCGGGUCAGAUGAUCGAUUCACUCACAUUCUUCCCUCUUAGAUCUGGAGGCUUGGUGGUCUCAGUAUCAGCUGCGUAGACGGUAGAUUUAUGCGAGCACAAAUGAAAGCCAUGAACGCAGUCGUGGUCUGGAUUCUGAACUGAACCUCCUCCAUACUGUUCUUGAAGUGACUUCUCCUCAACACAACUGACGAUAAGGAUGAUCUGCUCAGUGGAACUCAUCAGUAUUAUUUUUUCUCCUGCACAUUUAUGUUUUAGAAUCCACACUGCACUCACUACAACAACAUCAGUGCACUGUGUGUGCUGAUGUCUGGUCCUCACAACAUGCAGUAUACACUAAAUGUCCUUUAUUUUCCUCUGCAGAUAUCAUACAUUACAUCAACAAUCAUCUGAAGUUCUUCUUAGUCCUAAGUAUUUUGUUUUUCUCAAAACAGUUGGGAAAACUUCCUUCAGACUUGAGUAAAUCCAGGUUCCAGUGCAGGUUUGUUUAAAAACGUUGUUUCUAAAAUGAUCCGGCGCUCAGAGGACACAGCUUCACGGGUCCCUCCUGGGUUAGACCCGGGCUCUUACAGGUCGGACUGUUUCAGUAUCAUCUCCUGAGCUGAUGUUUUAAUUGAUGUGUUGGUGUACAGGGGCAGUGCUUGACAUGUCUGAAGGUUGUUAUGUUUACAUGUCUAACUCAUGUACAGGAUUAUAUCUUUAUCUCUGUUAAUAGUAUGGAACAUUUUAUCUGUUUGACUCAUCCCAAUGCUUAAAAACAGCAUGGAACACAAAUAAUGUGAAUAUUGUGCAAAUAAAGUUUUAUUUAUUUA